CGGCGCGGGAGCGGCAGGAUCUUACGCGUAUAAUCAAAUGGACCGGCCCUCGAAUACAGCGGUGCAGGAGCGGCGCGGGGGCGGGCAACGAGCGGUGCACUCCAGUCAAGCGGUGACCGCCCGCGUUGCGCGUCUGCAUUACAUUUCGUUCGCGAAUAAAAACAAAUAUCUCGACAACACAACCAUGAACACAACACUACACCGCUAUAGUGCCGCGCGAUCUGCCCGCUGGUUUGGAGAACAGGUAUGCGUUGCCCGCCCCGCUGCCGCGCCGCCGCCGCCGCCGCCCCGCUGCCCGCAAAAUUCGAGGCAGAGGCCUAAGUGUACUGUACUACAGCCACCCAUGACGAACGAACGAAGAAGUGAUCCGGCACUUACGGUGGGGGAAGAAGGUGCGCAUAGCGUCGGCGCCUCCUUCUGGGUCUUCUUCUGCGGAGCGAAUCAGCGGCGGCUGACCUCGCCUCUCGCUCUCGCUCGGAGACCUCCUUCUGCAACAUGA